AUGGUGUAAGGCUUAUUUAUUUGGUUUGUGAGCAAUGCAAGAAUAAUGUACCUAAUAAUAUCAACGUAACAUCAAGUUUCAAUUUUAUACGCCUAAAGAAGAAAAAUGUCUAACAAGAAAUACAGUAACUUUGUCAGGCCUACUUCGCCAACCGAAGAACUAAUAUCCAAAAAGAAGUUCCAUAUCAACACAUCGAUAAGUGGAGAAGAAGCGAGGAGAAUAUAUUUAGAAGAAGUAAAUAAAGCGAAUAAUACUCAGCCGACAUCAAGUAAAGACAAUCCUAUAUCAAAUACAAAGAGACGUGCAUCUAAACGUAAAUGUGGUGAUCCAAUUUCAAACAAAGACUUGUUUAUAGCUGUACAAAAUAAUGAUAUUGAUACUACUAAAGAAGCUUUGGACUUAUCUCCAGAUAAAAUAAAUAUCAUUGAUGAUUACGGUUGGAGCUUACUCAUGAUAGCUUGUCAGGCCAACUCCAUAGAUACUGUGAAAGAGCUAUUAAAAAGAGGUAUUGACACUACAGUUCGAGAUAAAGCUGGUAACUCGGCCCAGAGUCUUGUUAUUCAGAAUAAAAACCUAAUAUUAGCUGAUAUACUGAUAAGUUAUAAGCGUAAAAAAGAGGAAAUGAAAAUUAAAGUUGAAUCACAAACCAAAGUGAAACUAAAGGUAUUUCAUUGUUCCGUCUGCAACCAAGCUUAUCCUAAUGAGCAAGAGCACUUGUCAUCUACAAUACAUAAUAUUAUUGCCAGCAAAGGAAAGAAAAUACCAACAAAUUAUGCCAUUCCACAAACUAAUAGAGGAUACCAAAUUAUGCUGAAGACCGGUUGGGAUAGAGAUUCCGGACUAGGUCCCGAGGGAGCAGGAAAGAAAUAUCCCAUUAGGACUGUACAAAAAAAGGACAGGAAAGGUCUAGGAAAUGUGAAAAAAGAAGAGCCAAAGGAAGAUACAGUCAAACAUAAAACAAGGAAGUCAUUGGUUAGAGAUUAUGAGAGUAAUAAAAAGAUGGAAAUCAAUUUCAGAAGAGAGUUUUACUAAAAUUGUCA